UUCCUGUGACAUUAUUCGUUAGCAUCUCAGAGAAUCGCACGAUCGACAAGUUGUCGUCUCCUUAGAGUACGAGUACUUUGAUUGACAUUACGUCAUUUGAUCACAACUUUUUCUCCCUCCAUCAUCCUCAGCUCUUCUGCAUUGAAAUGGAUUUUUGUUCGUUGAACGAUUUGGUGAAGCAGAACAUUUAUCGUCCGUUUUUUCGGUUCCGGCAUGAAGUGGAACAGACCAACGAUUACCGGGUCGUCGUAGUGGGUGGCGCAGCGACCGGCAAAUCGUCGCUCGUCCUCCGAUUCGUCAGGGACACCUUCAACGAGCGUCACAUUCCAACCGUCGAAGACGUUUAUUGCCAAAACGUGAAUUUGGUUUCCCAUCAACUCGACGGGGAGGUGGUCUCGUGCAACAAGAAUUCCGUCUGCAACCUGCAGAUCGUCGACACGACAGGCUCUUAUCAGUUCCCGGCCAUGUUACGGCUCAACAUUUCAAAGGCCCACGCCUUCAUCAUGGUCUAUUCGGUCACGUCCAGGCAAUCCCUCGAGGAGCUCAGACCCACCUGGGAAAACAUCCUAGAAAUCAAAGGUUCGAUGGAGAAUGUGCCUCUGAUGUUGGUGGGCAACAAAUGCGACGAGACGGACGCCAGGGAACUGACGGCCAAGGAAGGAGAAGAACAGGCCAGGCAAUGGUCCUCCCACUUCAUGGAAACGUCGGCCAAAACCAACUACAAAGUCAAAGAACUCUUCCAAGGGCUGUUGAGUCUGGAUAAGGACCGAAACAUGACGAUUGUCCAAGCGGAAUCGGACAGACAACGAGGAAGUCGUCAUUCUCUCAAACACUCGUCAUCUGAAGAGUGAAAAUCACUUGAUCUUCACCUUAUUUGUAAUUUUUAAAAAGGAAUUUUUGGCUGUAUUACUUCUCAUAUGGAAAUGGGAUUGCGGAAAUGAAUUGAGCGAAACCCCCGACUCGACUGAUUUUCCUGUCGUUUUAUUUCAUUUUAAAGAAAGAACAAAUAACCUUACAGAUUAUAUAACAUUCAAGUCUAAGCCUAUAUUGUACAGUAAGUUUGACUUUUGACGGACACGAAUCGAUCUGGUACAUUCGGAACACGUCGUGCAUGCGGAUUGAGUCCAAUCCUUCUGGGGUUCAGCAUUUCCAAUCUGUUUCCGGACAUCUUUAUUGAUACUAAAUUAAAAUAAUUUACAGAGUUUCAAAAGGUAUAACUAAUUUUGGUAUAACUUUGAUAAUGCAUAUAUCUGUGACGAGAAGCAAUGAUAUACGCUCAUUUGAACAUAAAUACUGCAAAUAAAUUGAUUUCAAGGUUAAGCUUGUGAAGUUAAUGCGGCGUUUAAUUGAUUUCUCCUUAACUAACAAUUUGUUUGGCAUUGGACAAUGGCGUAUAAAUAGCGCAGCCAAAAAAGCAAUCGGCGUCAGUUUGCCAAUUGACCAACAUCUCUUUCACGAGCCCAAAAAUGAAAUUGACUGACAAACCAAAAGCUGAAAAUGAGGACAUUCAAGUCUCCCCUGCCGAUCAGGACGUCGCCGAGUGGCGUCACUACGGAUAUUUCGGUGGACACGGUGGAUAUUGGAGAGGACGUCGAUCCGCCGAGGAGACCAGCAAACGGGAAGAAGCGGCCGCGGCCGUUGAAGUUUCUGCCGACCAGGAAGCCGACAAAAUGUACGGCCGUCGUUACUACGGCUACUACGGUUUUCCUUACGGCAGUUAUCAUAAUAUAUUGUUUUUCUGCUCCUAGAGCCUGGUUUAGUCAAGUAAUGUUUCCACGUUUUCGUACAUUAAGAUUAGCUAGCAACUGUGGUAUUUUUUGGCAGUGAAUUUCUGGUGCUGGGCGGUGAAUUAGGACGGACUUGGCUUUUUUGAUGGCCUCUUCUACAGAUGAUACUUCUCUUCCUACAGCUAGGUCCGCCUCUUUUAUCCACUUUAUGAUUGAAGGAGUUGAGGUAGUUGUGUCCUGUCCUUAGUCGGUAUAACCGUAAUCACUCUAUUCUUGUAGUGGAGUAAUUCGUUUGUCCGGUUUUGUGCAUUGCCUAAAUACAAGUUUUUUGGCAUGUUUGGUCUCCCUCAUAACGUCAGCCUACACCUAUCGAGAGGGGGUGAUCACC